AUGAUCAACAUAGCGGGCGUGGUGUCCAUCGUGCUGUUCUACGUGCUCAUCCUAGCGGUGGGUAUCUGGGCGGCCCGCAAGAAGCCCCCCGGCAAUGACUCGGAGGAGGAGGUUAUGCUAGCUGGCAGGUCCAUCGGCCUCUUUGUCGGAAUAUUUACUAUGACUGCGACGUGGGUGGGCGGCGGCUACAUCAACGGCACUGCGGAGGCGAUCUACACGUCGGGGCUGGUCUGGUGCCAGGCGCCCUUCGGAUAUGCGCUCUCGCUGGUCUUUGGCGGUAUAUUUUUCGCGAACCCGAUGCGGAAGCAGGGUUACGUAACGAUGCUGGACCCACUGCAGGACUCGUUCGGGAGCCGUAUGGGCGGGCUACUGUUCUUACCAGCACUCUGCGGUGAGGUGUUCUGGGCAGCUGGGAUCUUGGCAGCGCUCGGUAAGUGA